UCGACUCUUCCAAAAGAUUGAAAAUUAAAUUGAAAAAAAAUAGAAAAUUAAAUUUGAAUAUUAUGUAAGCUAUAGAAACACUUGUCAUCAUCGUAGCCAUUUUGCCACCUUUUUUCCAACAUCACUCAAUCAGCCAAAACCAGUUUUCAAAAUCACCUUGUUAAUUACUUCGAGCCAGUCAGCCUGAAAAUGUCGUCCACGGAGGAAGGAGGCGGAGCCGUCGGAGCAGUUUCCACUGAUCAAACAAUCAUCGACAACAACACCAACAACGAUUACGUGAGAAUUGAUAUGCGGUUCACGGACGUCGCCCUCAGCGUUGGCGAAGUAGCGAAGCUCCAGUCAUUGGACAAAGCUUUCGACGGCGGCCAACCCAACUUCACUGCCAAACCAUUAAUACGAAAAGUCCCAUCAACCCUUCGCCAUAACGAAGAUUUCAAGAAGUAUUUUAAGCCGAAAGUGAUCUCAAUCGGCCCACUCCACCACGAUGAUCUCACCCUCCAUGAAUCCAAGGAGCUCAAGCUCAAAUUAGCAGCACAUUUCGUCAUAAAAAUUGGCGUCGAUAAGGAAUCCUUGCACAGCAACAUGAAGGUAGAGAUGGAUGGCUUGAAGAAAUGCUAUGAUCCACAGGAAUUAGAGAAGUAUAGCGACGAUAACGAGGAACUGGCUUGGAUGUUCUUCGUUGACGGCUGCGCAAUUUUACAAGCAGUUUACAUGCGUUACGGUAAUGAUGAUGAUGAUGGUAAAUUGUUUAUUAAAAACAAUUUGCUGACAUUUGUGUACUCGGAUCUGUUCUUGUUGGAAAACCAAUUACCUUUUCGUGUUCUUGAAUUGCUUACAAGCUCGGGUGAUGGCAAAAUGUUCAUGAAUGCAAUCCAAAGGUUCAUCGACGAUGCUGUUAUCAACCCAGCCGAAGACAGAUUUUGGUGUAGUGAAUGGUGGUGGGAGCAGCAAAAGGAAGGAGAGCGAAUUCACUUAUUGAAUCUACUACGACGAAGACUCCUUGUCGAAAAAGAAAAACCAUGGUGGUGGCGUUUGCGCUUUUUCAUUGAACGCGGAUUUAUCAACGAAGCAAGAACAAAACGGCACCAUUCACACACCAUUGGUAACGUAAAAGAGCUUAAAAAGGCCGGGAUACGGUUAAAAGCAAGCAAAACAAGUUGUUUAACCGACAUCAGUUUCAACCAUUUCUUCUUCUUCGGAAAAUUACGGUUACCGCCGAUCACCGUUGAUGAUUCAACCAUAAACUUAAUAGCUUACGAAAUGUGUCCGGAUUUCGACAACGAUUUCACCGUCACUUCAUAUAUGUGUUUCCUUGAUUUAUUGAUCGAUGAAGCCGAAGAUGUUAAAGACCUUAGAGACGCCGGUAUACUAUACAAUGGAUUGGGGAGUGAUGAAGAAGUGGCUAAGCUUUUCAAUAAGAUGAACACUGAUUUGGUUCCUAGUCCGAUGAUUUACAGUGGGGUUAAACGGCAAAUACAUAAUCAUUGUAAGAAUAUGUGGAUUAAUCAUGCAGCUCAAGGUUAUCAUACUUAUUUUAGGAGUCCUUGGGCGUUUUUGGCAUUUGUGGGUGCCAUUACUGCACUUUCUCUUAGUACUUUGCAGACGUAUUAUACCAUACAUCAACGAAAGUAAGUGUUCUUUACUAGUCUUUUUGUAAACUCUUGUUAUUUAUGAUAAUUCUUGUUAUUUAUGAUAACUUUGUAACUCCUGGAUGUUGGAUUCAAUCUAUUUAUGAUUUU